AUGGACGCUCCUCUGAACCUGACGGCUAGCGAGGUGAACCACCGCAGUGCCCUCAUCUCCUGGCAACCGCCGAUCGCAGACAUCGACAACUACAUGCUCACAUACAAAUCAGCGGAUGGCAACAGAAAGGUAAGUAGAAUACGGUAGGGCUUAUCUAACUUUUUCAACAAGAGUUUCUAUCACUCUCACACAGACACACACUGAACUGUUACUGUAUAAUCAAGCCAAAGAGGCUCACAUGAGGAAUUGAGAUGUAGGGCUGUGACAGUCAUGGAAUUUUGAUGACGGUAAUUGACCAGCCAAAUGACCAUGGUCACCGUAAUAUAUAUAUAUAUAUAUAUAUAUAUAUAUAUAUAUUUUUUUUUUAAAACAGUUGAACAUUUUACAUUUCAGCUAGGAGCAAUAACUGCACAAAUUCCCGGCUGUCCCUGUUUGUUCCACCCAAAACAUUUUUGACUAUUAUUUUAUUUUCAUGAGGGUUUUCAUCCAUAACUGUCAACGGUUAUACUGUAAUUGUACCAGCCCUAUUGAUAUGAGCCAUAAGUGUUAUGUGUAGUGUUUUCAAGCUGCCAAAAUACUUGCCUGGUCCCGGAUCUGUCUGUGCUCUUGUCUUCUCCAUUGCUGUCAUUGUCAAGCCAAACAUUGGAAUGAAUGAGUGACAAGGAGUUGGCAUCAUAGCACAAACAGCCAAGCUGCCAAAACACUGCCUUAUCUUUGUCUAUGAAUUUCCAAUCAAAAUCACACACUGUAGGCCUCCAUAGUGUAUCAUCAAGCCAAACGUGCUCACAGGAGAUAUGAUUGAUAAUAUAUGAGCCGUAAUGUGAGUGUUACCGGUAGCGUACAUCCUGUAUCGCCCAGACAAAUUGCCUCAAAGACCCAUUCAGCUCUACUCCACUGUGGAUGCCCAGGCAAUAGAGCUGUUUAGAUCUUUUAAUUUGCCUCCUGGAACAUUUUUCAUUUUAAUAAAAUUAUUUUAUGGAGCUGGGUAAUAAUAAUAAAGUAGAUUAACCGGACUAUCCUGAUGCAAUACCUCUAUUAAUAAUGACUCACCAGGAACAAUUCCCCUGAUAUUCUACAGCAGAUAUCUCUCUCAACUAAUUACAUCAUACAGACAGAGCCCAAGUAUGCGUCCCAAAAAGCACCCUAUUCCCCCUAUAGCUCUGGUCAAAUGUAGUGCACUAUAAAGGGAAUAGGGUGCCAUUUGGGACAAAGUCACAAAAAGAGCUCAAGACUGUACUGUCCUCACUGUCUUCGUCUUUUCUAUAUAUAUCAACACGCAUGCAUGCACACACACACACACUCUCACAUACACACACACACACACACACACACACACAUUCACACACACUCACACACACACACACGUCUGUUAAGAUGCAUGCCUUUAACUAUAUUGACCUUGUGUGUUUUUGGUGAUUGUGUUUGGCCAGUGGGUGUCAGUCAUGCACAGAGGAUUUGGUUUUAGUCACAGACUGUGUUGUUUUACUCUGUUUGAGCUCAUUUCAGUCUCCAUGAAUUAUUCCCAACCUUUUUUCUCUGUUAAUAUAAUGUUCAUAUUCACCACAGUAAUCUGUUUUAGUUUGAUUAUAAAUCAUAUGUUGACCUUCCAGAUUAGAGCAAUACUAGAUUAUAUACAGUAAUUAGGCAACAUGCAAUCUAUUGUAAAUUAUUCCUUGUACAUGAUCAACAAUUCCAUACAUGGAAAUAUUUUAUCCUAAUAGUAAAAUAAUAAUCUUUUUUUUUAAACGACAGUGAAUCAGUGUAAGGUCCAUUGUGAGAGAAACAUCAAUUAAAGAGUGGCUUUAACUGCAUAAUUCAUCCAACAUAUUGCCUUAAAAUGUGUGACUUUUUUCAAAAUGGCUGAAUAUUUCAUCCAGUUCUUCAUAGAUAUUUCAUGUGGCUCAAAGCCCCAUUAAAUUCACAGUUCACUCUGCUGUCACGGCCAGCUCCUAGAGAGCUCAUCACAGAGAUCUCUUUUUCAGAUCUCUGAGAGAAACACGAUGCCAUCAGAAGAUCCGCUUGAUAAAAGUUGGUUUGUCAAAAGCAACGAAAGGGAAUUGAACCAUCUUGAGUUUUAGACAGAAAUUAAAAAAAAUCUUCUUCCUGGCAGCUCCUUAUAGCACCAGUGUCUGAUAAGAUCCUUUCCUCUCCUCUAUCUGUGGUUUAAGUUCUCCUUCUUAUCACUAACAAAAACACAGGACAGAGUUGUACAAGGGCCAACAACACAGAAUAAUGAAUUCAACAUUUAAAUGGGCCUGACAUACAUUUUUCAUUUCUGUAGAUGUGCCUGGGUGCUUUUGUUGUUUGUUGGUAGGAGUUAGAUAGUAUCCCCGCUUUGGGCUACUGUCUGCUGUACAAUUGUUAGGAUUGGAUCUAGCUAAAACGGUUUACUGUACCGUAUCCACUCAUAGUUACGGUUCCCUGAUCUGUGUGUUCUCCCCUCUGUGGUGUGUGUGUGUGUGUGUGUGUGUGUGUGUGUGUGUGUGUGUGUGUGUGUGUGUGUGUGUGUGUGUGUGUGUGUGUGUGUGUGUGUGUGUGUGUGUGUGUGUGUGUGUGUGUGUGUGUGUGUGUGUGUGUGUGUGGUGCUGCUACUACAGGAGCUGAUCCUGGAUGCCGAGGACACAUGGAUCCGUCUGGAGGGCCUGGCAGAGACCACAGAAUACACUGUGAGGUUGCAGGCUGCCAGGGGAUUAGAGACUAGUGGUAUCAUCUCUAUGGCCUUCACAACAGGUAAACACACGCACGCACAUAAGCAAGCAUACAGAUACACACAUACACACACACAUUUACCAUUUAUGCCAAUGUCCACUCCAAUCUCUAUCCAAUGUCCAGGCCCAUAUUCAAUAAGCAUCUCAGAGUAAGAUAGCUGAUCUAGGAUCAGAUCCACCGUCUAUUUAAUCUUAUUCAUUAUGAUCCUAUAUCAGCAGGUCUACUAUGACACGCUUUAUGAAUACGGACCCAGUCCUGGUCAUUCUCCAUUGUGUUGAGCUGAUCUCAUGUGCUCUGUUCUCCUCCUCUCCAGGAAACCGUCUGUUUGCCACCCCCCAGAACUGUGCCCAGCAUCUGCUAAACGGCGAGUCCCUCAAUGGCGUCUACACCAUCUACAUCAACAGAGACGCCAAUCAGGGAGUGCAGGUCUACUGUGAUAUGACCACAGACGAAGGAGGCUGGAUUGUAAGUGUCUCAUAGCAGGAGAUAUACCUUGUAGACAAACACCCAACAACACCCAACAUUUCAGUGCAAAGGGUGCCAUUUGGGACGUGUACUUUAUCAAAAUGUAGGUAGAAUAAAGUGUUGUCACCUGGUCUUCACUCUGUAUCUUUAUCUGUAUCUGUGUUUCAGGUGUUCCAACGUCGUCAGAAUGGCCUGACAGACUUCUCCAGGAAGUGGAAUGACUACAGGGUCGGCUUUGGAAACCUAGAGGAUGAAUUCUGGCUCGGUAAGACUGUUUUCUAGAUGGCUCAUUUCAACCCCAUAACACUUUUUCGGAGGUACUUUAUCUCUCGGGGCUACUUAGCUCUCUAGAGAGGUACCCACACUCCUGGGGUAGAGAAUGUAGUUUGAAUUGCACACUACCUAAAGACAUGCUCCAGUACUUGGCGACCAAGAAAGUAUUUAUUUAAUACUUUGGACUGGAUCUGUCAAUGUGUAGUUCAUACAUGCAUAAGCUAUGAGAAGAAUUACUGUCUCACCACAAUUUGCCACAAAAUCCAUAGUUUGAAAGUGACUUAUCUUGAAGCUGUGCCGCACCAUUUUCCCUGCAUCUUCCCCCAAGUGGGCCAGCCACCUAGCAAUUUGAGUUCUAGCCAAUGAGCUUCAGCCCUUCGCAUUUGAGUGACAGCUAGCAAGAGGCCUGCCAAGCGUUAUCCAAUAAGGAGCCCAAUGGCUCAGUGGACACAGCAGAGAGAGAGAGAGAGAGAGAGAGAGAGAGAGAGAGAGAGAGCAAUGACGUGGUGCACGUAGUACACACUUUUCGGGGACCACUUUUGGCUCGUGAGUACUACUUUCAGAACUACAGGCUGAAAAGUGCAAAAAGUACAGAAUAAUCUCUUUAAAAUAGGAAUAGGAGGCCCUUGUGUUUGUCUUGCAGUCUCUGCUUCUGCUUAUCUCUCCCAUGGCAGGGUUAACAGUUUACUUAAUUUACACAUUACUUUCUAGUAUGUUGUUUCUAGUCUCUCUCGCUCUUUUCUUUAUUUUAUUACUUCACUUCACAAACACUAGUUCUGUGAUUUAUUAAUGGAUGUAUUCAGCUCUCAUUUCUCACUGUAUGGUGAUUGUUUUUCAUAAAUCCUCUGAUUCUGAUACAAAACAAAAGGCUCUCUCCUUUGAUGCACUGUGGAGGAUUUCUGCUAAUCUCAUCAUAAAAGCCAUAGUUAUAUUCAUUAGAAAAGCUGCCAAUGAACAAUGUUUCUUCAUGGGCCAGUUUUCAUGUUAUUGUUUUGGAAAUAGAUAAAAGAUUGUCUCCAUGAAUACUUCAUAGCAGAGAUCCCAACCUUGAGAAAUACUUUUGGUACUUUUAAUUAGAAAAAUACAAUACAGUACACUUUCAGAACCAAAAUCUGUCUGUUUGAUAAAAGGAUCGUUAAUGAAUUUAACCUCUAGAACAUUACAGAAUCUUGAUGACCCUGCAUUUACGUCAGAGCAUUCAUCCAUGCCUCUUUAUAUAUCAGCAAAUGCCACUAAGCUCCUACCCAGGCUGUACCACAUGUACUAGUGACACACAGAUCCUGGUAAACAACUAUGACUCAUGACUCAUUCCUGAUUGGUAAAAGCUUACAGCACUUCUCAUCCAGUAGAUCAGGGUUCCCCAACUGGCGGCCCGCUGGCCAAAUUUGGCCCGCAGGUGGUUUUAUUUACCCCCCCCAUGUUUUUUUAGCAAAUAUUAUUUUUUUAUUUUUUCGUUGUUGGACAUAAAAAUAAAAAUAAAAACCAGUAAAUCAGCUCGAAGUGAUUUUUAUUUGGGAAAUCUGUUCCCAAGUAUUUCCACACAUAGUAAAGAGACACGUGAUCAUAUUAAAAUGUAAGCAACGUUUGAAAUUAUUAUGUUUUACUCUAAUCUGUCUGGGCUUCUUGUGGACAAUUUGCAGUCUACAAAUUAUUUGUAAUUAUGUUCCGGCCCCCCGACCAUCCACAAAAUAAAAAAAUCAGCCCGUGCCUGAAUCUAGUUGAUAUUUCUUCUGACUUUUUUGCCAGGUCCAUCCCAUAUCCCCUGUCUGUCCUUAACAACGCAGUAGGAUGUCACCUCUGGCUCAGGCAAGCACACCCAGUGCUCCUCCUUGUCCAGUCUUAUUCGUAGUCAACAAAGACACCUCCUGCCAUGACAGGGAGCAUUGUAGCCAGCAUCCUGUAUAUUACAAUGUGCUGUGCUGAUCAUGUACCGUUGACACUAACAUGGUAUAGAUCAGUGGAGGCUCCUCAGAGGAGGAAGGGGAGGACCAUCCUCCUCAGUGAAUUUCAUAAAAAUUUAAAUGGUCAAACAUUUAAAACGUUAUCCUUUUUAGAUAAAACUAUACUGAAUAUAAUCACGUCACCAAACAAUUGAUUAAAACACACUAUUUUGCAAAGAAGGUCUACAGUAGCCUCAACAGCACUCUGUAGGGUAGCACCAUGGUGUAGCCAGUGGACAGCUAGCUUCCGUACUCCUCUGGGUAUAUUGACUUCAAUACAAAACCUAGGACCUCGUGGUUCUCACCCCCUUCCAUAGACUUAUACAGUAAUUAUGACAACUUCCGGAGGACGUCCUCUAGCCUAUCAGAGCUCUUGAAGCAUGAACUGACAUGUUGUCCACCCAAUCAAAUGAUCAGAGAAUUAAUCUAGUACUGAAAGCGUAGGCUACAGCUAGCUAGCACUGCAGUGUAUAAAAUGUGGUGAGUAGUUGACUCAAAGAGAGAGAAAGACAAUAGUCGAACAGUUUUGACCAAAUUAAUUUCUUCCAAAAUGAAGGAGAAGCAAGAGAGAAAUAGAGAGAGAGAGAGAGAUUUUGUCUAUUUUUUUCACUUUCAGUUUCACUUACUUAACUAUCAAAUGCUGCUAGCUAGUUUAGCCUACUGAAACACCCUGCAGAGGGAUGAUAUGUUAGCUAGCUGGCUAUGACUAUCCAACACAACACUGGAACUCUUCCAAGUCAAGGUAAGCUUUUGGUAUUACUAAUUUAUUGCCACCGGGACCCACCGGUGUAACUGCUUACUGACUGUACACUAACGUUACUGCAUGAUUGUAGCUGGUUUACUAACGUAUUAGUUCUAUUAGCUAUGCUGACUAUGAUGUUACUUUAGCUAAUAUGGUGACAACAAUAUAGGCUGUGUGUAGCGGUUUGGCUUGGAAAGGUUUUUCGCCUGGUCACAUACAGCUGAUGUGUUGUGCAUUGAAGUCCACAAGCGAAGGGACAAGGUGAGAGGACGAGAGUGCAUAGAAGGAAUACAACAUGGCUGCUAUGAAAGUGAACUGUGUUUAUGCGUGAUCAGGGGUGUAUUCAUUCCGCCGAUUUCUUAAACGGAAGCAAACGGAACAAAACGGGAAUAAACAUACCUGAAUUUGACCAAUAUAAACUCUAGUUUGCUACUGUUGGACUAAUGAUUACACCCUAUAUCAUCUAGAUGCAGGCAAGAGUGUGCAAGGCGGUAUUGAAUGUCACUGUCUGUCCAUGUGUCACUGUCUGUCACCUCAAAUUUGUCUCUCGACCUGUGUGCACCUGCGUUGUAAACUUUCAUUCAUAGGCUAGGUUGUAGCAACCUCACGAUGGGUAUAGGGAAAAUUCAAGUAUCAUGUAGGAGCCUAAACCUAUCGCUGUUACAAUGAACUGGGUGAAUGGAAUACGAAUGAGAGUCAUCCAAUAGCUGUAAUAGAAAUAAGGCUAUGCUCAUGAAAAAAAAUUGUCCUCCCUCAUCUUAAACGGCACUGACCGCCACUGGUAUAGAUAUGACCACGAGAGGAGAAUAGUGGUGCUCUCAGAGGACAGAAUAGUGUAGCUUCAGAUGAUGUAAGCACACAGCACCUGACCUUAUCUACAACAUCCUGCAGUACAUACUGCUGUUGUGAGACACAAUAACAUUUGGUUUAACUACCAUGAUAUGGAAGCACUCUUUCUACUGGGUUUCUUAAGAUUAAGAUUGUGUCACACUGAAGAAACGGGAAUUAGCGGAUGCUAUUAUCAGUAGCCGUUUAAAAAGGCCCAUUUUUAUUACAGCUGCGGCGCUAUCCAUUAAUCUGACUCAUUGACCUGACCCUGGCCAAAUAUAUUGUCCAUUUGAGGUCGUAAUAUAAAGAAAUUGAUGCAGUUGUGCAAUAUGCAAUUAUUAUCGCUCUUUUUAAUUUGCCCCCUCAUUGCUGUGGAAGUGUAGGAGUAAGAUGGGUAAUAAAAUGAUAAGAGAUGUUAAUUUAUGAGAUAUAAUGAGAACAGAAUUCAGCCUCUGAAUGCAUUUUUUAUCCUGCUGGCAAUUUCUAAUGAAAAACUAAGCUAUCCAAGCGAUUAGUAGCGGAUGAUCCUGCAUUCUGCAAUGGCAAAUCUGAGUUCACUCAAUGUUCAACUAAUCUUAUUACAGCAGUUGCUUUUCCCCUGUCACCACGAAGGGCCUUCUUUGUUUUCUAAUGCAGAUUGUAUCUUUUGCUGACAUAUCGAAGCCCAAGCCCAGUUUUUCCCUGGUUCAGCCCAAUGCUUAUCAUCGGAAGCUUGACGUUUUUUCGUAUGGUUUAAAAAACUGCCAUCUGCUAUCAUGUGGCAUCUACAACAUCAUAUGAUUUUCAGCUUGAGGUUAAACAGGAAACAUCCCUGCCAAGUGGGAAGGUUUGUUAUCUUGGGAAAGAUAGGUCUAAUCUCCCUGGUCCUUAUCAUCACAGCCUGGCUAGGCUCUGGGCUGGCCUCAGCAGCAAGGCCAAAUCGGACACAGACUGUUGACAGGAAGAUAUGGACACUUUUCACCAUCUGACCGCUUCCUGUUAUCUCUACAUGUCAUUUCCUGUGUGCAUCAGUUUUUACCAUGUCAAGGUGCAGGUAGAAGUUAAUUUUAGACUUGCGUAAGUGACAGUUAUCAUUUGAAAUGAGCAAUGAUUUUAUAUACUGUCUAUAUAUAUAUAUAUAUACAGUGGGGGAAAAAAGUAUUUAGUCAGCCACCAAUUGUGCAAGUUCUCCCACUUAAAAAGAUGAGAGAGGCCUGUAAUUUUCAUCAUAGGUACACGUCAACUAUGACAGACAAAAUGAGGAUUUUUUUUUCCAGAAAAUCACAUUGUAGGAUUUUUAAUGAAUUUAUUUGCAAAUUAUGGUGGAAAAUAAGUAUUUGGUGAAUAACAAAAGUUUCUCAAUACUUUGUUGUAUACCCUUUGUUGGCAAUGACACAGGUCAAACGUUUUCUGUAAGUCUUCACAAGGUUUUCACACACUGUUGCUGGUAUUUUGGCCCAUUCCUCCAUGCAGAUCUCCUCUAGAGCAGUGAUGUUUUGGGGCUGUCGCUGGGCAACACAGACUUUCAACUCCCUCCAAAGAUUUUCUAUGGGGUUGAGAUCUGGAGACUGGCAAGGCCACUCCAGGACCUUGAAAUGCUUCUUACGAAGCCACUCCUUCGUUGCCCGGGCAGUGUGUUUGGGAUCAUUGUCAUGCUGAAAGACCCAGCCACGUUUCAUCUUCAAUGCCCUUGCUGAUGGAAGGAGGUUUCCACUCAAAAUCUCACGAUACAUGGCCCCAUUCAUUCUUUCCUUUACACGGAUCAGUCGUCCUGGUCCCUUUGCAGAAAAACAGCCCCAAAGCAUGAUGUUUCCACCCCCAUGCUUCACAGUAGGUAUGGUGCUCUUUGGAUGCAACUCAGCAUUCUUUGUCCUCCAAACACGACGAGUUGAGUUUUUACCAAAAAGUUCUAUUUUGGUUUCAUCUGACCAUAUGACAUUCUCCCAAUCCUUUUCUGAAUCAUCCAAAUGCACACUAGCAAACUUCAGACGGGCCUGGACAUGUACUGGCUUAAGCUGGGGGACACGUCUAACACUGCAGGAUUUGAGACCCUGGCGGCGUAGUGUGUUACUGAUGGUAGGCUUUGCUACUUUGGUCCCAGCUCUCUGCAGGUCAUUCACUAGGUCCCCCCGUGUGGUUCUGGGAUUUUUGCUCACCGUUCUUGUGAUCAUUUUGACCCCACGGGGUGAGAUCUUGCGUGGAGCCCCAGAUCGAGGGAGAUUAUCAGUGGUCUUGUAUGUCUUCCAUUUCCUAAUAAUUGCUCCCACAGUUGAUUUCUUCAAACCAAGCUGCUUACCUAUUGCAGAUUCAGUCUUCCCAGCCUGGUGCAGGUCUACAAUUCUGUUUCUGGUGUCCUUUGACAGCUCUUUGGUCUUGGCCAUAGUGGAGUUUGGAGUGUGACUGUUUGAGGUUGUGGACAGGUGUCUUUUAUACUGAUAACAAGUUCAAACCGGUGCCAUUAAUACAGGUAACGAGUGGAGGACAGAGGAGCCUCUUAAAGAAUAAGUUACAGGUCUGUGAGAGCCAGAAAUCUUGCUUGUUUGUAGGUGACCAAAUACUUAUUUUCCACCAUAAUUUGCAAAUAAAUUCAUUAAAAAUCCUACAAUGUGAUUUUCUGGAAUUUUUUUUCUCAAUUUGUCUGUCAUAGUUGACGUGUACCUAUGAUGAAAAUUACAGGCCUCUCUCAUCUUUUUAAGUGGGAGAACUUGCACAAUUGGUGGCUGACUAAAUACUUUUUUCCCCCACUGUAUAUAUAUAUAUAUAUAUAUAUAUAUAUAUAUAUAUAUAUAUAUAUAUUACCAGUCAAACGUUUGGACACACCUACUCAUUCAAGGGUUUUUCUUUACUUUUACUAUUUUUUACAUUGUAGAAUAAUUGUGAAGACAUCAAAACUAUGAAAUAACAUAUAUGGAAUCAUGUAGAAAAAAAAUCAUGUACCCAAAAAAGUGUUAAACAAAUCAAAAUAUAUUUUAUAUUUGAGAUUCUUCAAAUAGCCACCCUUUGCCUUGAUGACAGCUUUGCACACUCUUGGCAUUCUCUCAACAAGGUUCAUGAGGUAGUCACCUAGAAUGCAUUUCAAUUAACAGGUGCGCAUCUUGAAAGUUAAUUUGUGGAAUUUCUUUCCUUCUUAAUGCGUUUGAGCCAAUCAGUUGUGUUGUGACAAGGCAUUAAAUUAUGGCAAGAACAGCUCAAAUAAGCAGAGAAACGACAGACCAUCAUUACUUUAAGACAUGAAGGUCAGUCAAUCCGGAAAAUGUCAAGAACUUUGAAAGUUUCUUCAAGCGCAGUCGCAAAAACCAUCAAGCGUGUGCAAAGCUGUCAUCAAGGCAAAGGGUGGCUACUUUCAAGAAUCUCAAAUAUAAAAUAUAUUUUGAUUUGUUUAACACUUUUUUGGUUACUAAAUUUUUUAUUUUAUUUUUCUACAUGAUUCCAUAGUUUUGAUGUCUUCACUAUUAUUUUACAAUCUAGAAAAUAUUACAAAUAAAGAAAAACCCUUGAAUGAGUAGGUGUGUCCAGACGUUUGACUGGUACUGUAUAUUUACAGCAUUUUUUUGUCUGUAUGUACGUUUGUGUGUUUUUAUUGUCACUUCUUCUUCUUCAGGUUUGGACAACAUACAGAAGCUCUCAGCUCAAGGUCGCUAUGAGCUCCGGAUCGACAUGAAGGAUGGCCAGGAGUCUGUCUACGCCAACUAUGACAAGUUCGCCAUUGGAGACACCAGGAAUCUAUACAAACUCAGGAUAGGAGAGUACAAUGGCACAGCUGGUGAGCGUUUAUGUACACUCUACUCUAUGUGGCGCUGAUUUAAGACCAAUCAACUGAUCUAUUAAACGUGUAUGACCUCUAAUAGCAAAGACAUGCAUACCACUGAACCAUAAAAGCAGUUUUCCUCCAUCUCCUUUAUGGUUUCUUGAAGGAAAUAUACUGUACUUAUUUUAUCUCCCAUCCCUCAACACUUGGCUUCAGCCAAGUAGUAUUAUACGGUUCAGACUGCCAAUUAAUUUUCAUUCCCUGUCACAGGGGACUCGCUGACCUAUCACCAAGGCCGUCCCUUCUCCACCAAGGACAGAGACAAUGACAUUGCCGUGACCAACUGUGCCCUGUCCUACAAAGGAGCCUGGUGGUACAAAAACUGCCAUCGGGCCAACCUGAACGGGAAAUACGGCGAGUCGAGACACAGUCAGGUGGGUGUCCCUGUUAUCAUCCACACUGGGACUGAGCAGUGGGACUGAACAGCUGCCUCAGCUUACCAAUGUGAUGACUGGCAUUAAAGGCCACACUGUGAGAUUCCCAGUCAUUUCCAGUAAAGACAUAAAGAAAACUAAGGCACUAAGGCCAGUUUCUUUGUAUUAGACAUUAAAGCUCUUGCUGCUUUCCCACCAGUGUGAUAUGUGUUACAAGUAAGAGCCUUGUAAAGAGCUUUUGAUGAGGCUACUACAGAAGCCUUCCAACAUUACACAAUUCAGCAGUUUCACAAUAUCUUCAACCUUUUGAUGACAUUAAAUGAUCCCAGACAGACAUAAAAAGAGGAACUAGCUACAGGUAACUGCCAAAAUAAAGGAAGCACCAACAUAAAGUGUCUUAAUAGGGCGUUGGGCCAACACGAGCCACUAGAACAGCUUCAAUGUGCUUUGGCAUAGAUUCUACAAGUGUCUGGAACUCUAUUGGAGAGAUGCGACACCAUUCUUGUACAAGAAAUUCCAUAAUUUGGUGUUUUGUCGAUGGUGGUGGAAAACGCUGUCUCAGGUGCUGCUCCAGAAUAUCCCACAAGUGUUCAGUUUGGUUGAGAUCUGGUGACUACACACACACACCCACCCUUUAAACCCCCUAUACUCCUUUGAGACCCUUCUUUCAAAGUCACUAAGAUCUCCUCUUCUAGCCAUGGUAGCCAAAAUAAUGGGCAACUGGGCAUUUUUAUACAUGACCCUAAGCAUGAUGUGAUGUUAAUUGUUUAAUUAAACUCAGGAACCACACCUGUGUGGAAGCACCUGCUUUCAGUAUACUUUGUAUCCCUCAUUUAUUCGUGUUUCCUUUCUUUUGGUAGUUACAUGUACAUUGUACUGUAGGUAAGAUAAGAAUGUCUGCAUUAUUUUUAUCCACUAAUUGAAUUCUGGUCUACAAUGACCAUAGUGAGUUCAAACCACAAAAAGCAAUGAAAAUGUCCACACAUUUUUCUGAACAGCACAAUGGCAAUAUUGGAAAUACCACUAGGGUUGGUCUGAGAGUCAGCUGAGAAGAAAGGAGACAGCUGAGGAGACAGGAGACAGCUGAAGAGACAGGAGACAGCUGAGGAUGUCAUAUUUGAAUUAGAAGUGAACUGAACAUUGAGGACAAUAUCCAUAUUAGACAUAUAAGUCAUAUAGUAAAGUUUGUGGCCGUACGCACAUCCUUGAUAAAUGAAGUACACUGUACAUAUUCUAAGAAAACCAUGUUAUGUAAUAUUAGAUAUCUCUGUUUUUAAACACUGUUCUCUCUUGAUCCUAAAUUGUCCUCUCUUCAUCCUAUACAGGGUAUCAACUGGUACCACUGGAAGGGCCAUGAGUUCUCUGUCCCCUUUGUGGAGAUGAAGAUGAGGCCGUUCAACUACCGCAGCAUCAGUGGCAAGCGAAGGAGGUCCACUCCUCCAGAAUAA